AUGAAGAGCAUGAAGUCUCGUCGCGGCGGCGGCAAUGAUCGCGGGGGAAUUCGCAAGCGGGGUCCUACUCGCACCGACCGGGAUGGUGACAUGGACAUGGAUGCAAGCGGUGCUCGUGCAAAGAGAAACCGUGCUGAGAAAUCUGGCCUAGGUGGUCGACUGGCCGGUGCAGGUGCAGGUGGCCGAGCUGCAGGAGCCAGCAGCCGGGCCCAUGCUCGUAAGAAGAUGGAUGAUGUGCUCGAGAGAGCAAUUUACAGCCUCGACGAGCCAACAAACUUCCCACGCGGCAAAAAACCCAGCAGCGAUCUGGAACCGUUUAGUGUGCGAGGAUGGAAAUCAAGUAAGGCGGCAAGCAACCGUGAUGGCGGCGUCGAGAGCCUCAUUGCAUUCCUCGAACGACGCAUGAAUUCUUUCAUGAAAUCCGGACCCCGCGCAAAGAUUACAAAGUCGCGCACUGAAGGUGACACUCUUAUCGCAUUCGUUCGACCUGAUCUGGCGGGUCACAUGCUUCGCAUCAACAAUAAUGUCUUCGCCGGAGCUCAUGUUACUGUUGAAGCAUACACAGCCGCCACCGCACUCGAGAAUGAGCUGGCCGCAGCGGACACCGGCCCUAACUCGACCACCGAUAUCAAGACUAGGAUGACUACUAUCCUCGGCAAACGCUUCUUCCCUGCCACGAAGUUACUUGACUUGUCGAAGAUGUUGGAUGACCCCGAUAUGGAUUCCGUGGAAUUCCUCAACACUGCCUCUACUAAGUCCAAGUUCUUCCCUGCUCUCAUGAAGGUCUGGGAAAUGGGCUUCAAGACUACAGCUGAGCGACUUGAAGCCGUCGAAAGUGUCAGUCUGGCGGGUAACAAACUCAGCAAUAUCAACCCUGUGACAACCCUGGCGCAAUCUUUCCCCGAUAUUCAAUAUCUGGACCUCUCGGACAAUAACCUCAAAAAUUCUCAGGCGAUGAUUGGAUGGCGGUGGAAAUUCCGCAACCUGAUUUUCCUUGACCUGACUGGAAACGAAAUCAGUUCCGACCCAACCUUCAAGGACACUAUGCUCAAGUGGUAUCCCAAGCUGCAAACUUUGAACAAUGUCCAAGUGCGAACUCCGGAAGAGGUCGCGGCUCAGAAGAAGACACCGAUCCCCAUCUUGCCCCCUCACUUCAUUGACGAAUCACAAGUCGGCGAGAACUUCGUUCGUGCUUUCUUCCCUGGCUAUGACAACGAUCGCAACAGCCUUGUCAGCAGCGUUUACGAUGACGAAUCUACUUUCUCGCUGAAUGUCAACACCACCGCUACUCGGGCCGGUCAAACUGAGACAGCAGGUUGGGGUGAAUACAUCAGAAAGAGUCGAAAUCUCGACAAGAUCAGCCACCUUUCCGCACGGAUGUCGCGUUCCUUCAAGGGCGUUGAGAAAAUCCGUGAAGUUUUCAAUUCGCUCCCGCCUACUCGCCACCCUGAUCUUAUCGCAAAAGCAGAGCAAUGGCUCAUUGAAUGCCACCCAGUCCCCCAUCUACCCGACCCUACUGGACAAAGCCCCACUGGCGUUGGUGGUCUCUCCCUCAUGGUUCAUGGACAACUUGAGGAGAGCGUUGGUGGCAAGAUUGAGCUCCGAAGUUUCGAUCGAACUUUCAUCAUUGGCCCCGGUAACACCCCCGGUGGCAUCCGAGUCAUCAGCGAGGUUUUCUCCCUACGCGCUUACGGUGGACAUGAGGCAUGGUCCCCUGAGAUCCAGGCACUUUCACAGAUCCCCCAGGUCGCAGUACCCGGUCCUGUUCUCACUCCAUCUCCCGCACCCCCCGCAGCUGCUGCCCCAGGUGGCAAUGUUGCUGAAGGAUAUGGCUUGCCCCGACCUGGAAAAUCCGACGCCCAGCUUCAGCAGGAGCAGAUGGUCAUUCAGAUGAGUGAAAAGUCGGGUAUGACUUUCGAAUACUCAGAGAUGGCCCUCGCGGGCAACGGCUGGAAUGUCGAGCUUGCUUGGAAGAACUUCGAGCAACUCAAGGCGACCAACGCACUUCCUCCCACCGCUUUUCUUGCUCCGGCGUGA